AUGGCCAAAACACUACCGCUCGUUUCCGUAGCCACGCUCCAAAAACACAACUCCGAGAAGGAUUGCUGGGUCUCGCUUUACAACAGAAAGGUCUACGAUGUCACCAAGUUCCUCUCAGAGCACCCUGGUGGCGCUGAUCUUAUAGUGGACUAUGCGGGCAAAGACGUGACCGAGGUGAUGGCCGAUAUUGCGGUGCACGAGCACUCGGAGUCCGCGUAUGAGAUCUUGGAUGAGGACUUCCUUGUGGGCUAUUUGGCCACCCCUGAGGAAGAGAAGAACUUGCUUGAAAAUAGAAACAAUGUGCCCGUGGAGGUUAAGAUGAACAUGGACUUGACCGAGUUCCACGACGAGUUGCCUCCCGAUGAGCAAAUGUCUGUGCAGACUGACUUCACUGCCGAUGUCAAGAAACACAAGUUUUUGGACUUGAACAAGCCCUUGCUCCCCCAGAUGCUCACCAGCACGUUCUCCAAGGAGUUCUACUUGGAGGAAGUCCACAGACCCCGUCAUUACGGUAAGGGUUCUGCGCAGCUCUUCGGUAACUUCUUGGAGCCUUUGUCAUUGACCGCAUGGUGGGUUGUCCCUGCCGUGUGGCUUCCAUGUAACUUUGCCUUUUUCUAUGUUGGCUUCAAGAACCAGGAUCCAGUCACUGCGCUCAGUCUCUGGGUCAUGGGCUUGUUUGUGUGGACCCUUGUAGAGUAUUGCUUGCACAGAUUCUUGUUCCAUUUGGACCACUACUUGCCCGACCACCGUCUUUUCUUGACUCUCCACUUCCUCUUGCAUGGUGUCCACCAUUACUUGCCUAUGGACAGAUAUCGUUUGGUUUUGCCCCCAACGUUGUUCAUCAUUUUGGCAUAUCCAUUCUACAAGUUGGUGUUCGGUCUUUUGCCAUUCUACAUGGCUUGUUCUGGCUUUGCCGGCGGAACUUUGGGCUACAUCAUGUACGAUGUCACCCAUUAUGUCUUGCAUCACACCAAGUUGCCUCAGUUCUUCCAGGAGAUCAAAAAAUCCCACUUGGAGCACCACUACAAAAACUACGAGUUGGGUUUCGGUGUCACCAGCAAGUUCUGGGACGUUAUCUUCGGCACUGAGAUCACCUCCACUUAUCAAAAGAGAGCCUAG